UGAACAUCCUUAUUUGUCAUCCAUGCCUUAAGUACACGUGAACGAUUUUCAUUGGCUAGCAAAAUCAAAUUACUGGAAAAAGAAAAAAAAAAAUUGUACAAAUUCCAGGAUGAGUAGCAGUAUACUACUGCAACUGUAGUUUUGUCUGUGAAACCCACAUUUCUCUGAAGAGCGACCUGGAGAGGAGAAGAAGAAGAAGAAGAUAGCUUACAGAAGAGAACAAGUAUUUUCUCUCUGUGUUCGAAUUUGGGUUUGUCAUACUUCUUAUUCUUCUUUAUCAUAUUGUUGAUUGAGGUAAACUGGAGUUGAUCAGAGUUCAUUGGGUUUUCUUUGGUUUUGUUAUUUUUGGGAUAAGUCUCUUUCUUUUUCCUUGAUUAUUCAGACCGACCAAGAAAGUUUUCUUCUUUCUAUAUGUCGAGUCGAUACAAAAUAGUUUUGUGGGCAUAGUUAAUUCGGCGGUUUUAAAAAUUAGGGGUUCCCCCUCUUAGGAUUUAUCGCAUUAAAGGACAUUAUUGGUCCCUCAGUUUUGUUUUCUUUUUCUCCAUUGACCAAAUUUCUUGGCAAAAAUGAGGGUUAGUUUUGUCAAUUGAGGUCUACUUUUGUUUAAUUUUAUAUUUGAAUAUUUGGUUGAUGUAUCUUUUAUGAGAUUAUUGCGGAAGAGUAUUUGAACACACGCGGUGGUUUUUGUAUUGAUAUGCUUUCUAGGGUUAAUUUGGAGGAGAAGAAGAUGGUUGGAAUAGUGAAGAACCAGUCAUCUCAUUGGUGGUGGCUUGACCAUCAGAACACCUCAAACCGCUCUCCAUGGCUUCAAUCCACUCUUGCAGAUCUGGAUCACAAGACAGAGGCCAUGCUAAAAUUGAUUGAGACAGAUGCCGACUCCUUUGCUCAACGUGCAGAAAUGUAUUACAAAAAGCGGCCUGAGCUGGUUAGCAUGGUUGAAGAGUUUUAUCGAACCCAUCGCUUAUUAGCGGAGAAGUAUGAUCAAGUAAAGUCAGAUUCUGGAACUCGGGUACUGACAACAUUAAGGUCCCCAUUCUCUUCAACCAAGUAUCAAGUAGAGAAGCCGCCAGUGAGUGGGAUCUCCUAUCAGACCUACGAUAGCUACUCUGAAACUUGUGACACCGAAGAUUUUGCUGAAUCAGAAGUUGAUGAUCCUGAGCUGGAAGAAGACGAGCAGGAAUGUGAAACCCCACGGAUUCAUGAAGAAACUAAAGAAAUGAAAUUUUUGAGCGGGAUUGAUUAUGAAGAGCUGAGAAAGUUGAAGGAAGAAGUGGAGAAACUUGAGGCGAAGAACAAAGCUCAAAAGGAAGAAGUGGAGAGACUUCAGGAGGAAAACAAAGCUCAAAAGGAUCAGUUAAAGCAGAAAGAUGAAGAGAAGAGGCAGGUUAUAAGGCAGCUUAGUAUGGCAGUUGACAUGCUCAAGGAAGAUAAUGUGAAGCUGAGGAAGUGUCUUGUAAAAGACUCCCCCAAAAGGCAUAGUCCCUUUGAGUUUAACAAAUUAAAGGAGUCUUUUUUGGGGAAGAUGUUUAUGAAUGGGUCUCAAAAGUAUCCUGUUGUUGCUCUUUAGACAAGUAUAUGCAAUUAGUGUUAGCAUGUAGAAACACCACCAGUCUUUAUAGAUAUGUCCAUAGGCUUAUACACAGUUAUACUACCUGGGGUUUGACCCCUGAACUCAGAGAGCUAGAAAGAUGAUAGUUUUUUUCCCCUUUAUCUAAAAUUAGCUUCCAAUAUUGUCGGUAAUUCUAUUUAAUGUAAUAUUUUUAGUUUUUGAAAGCAAUUUAAUGUAAUAUUAAUUUCUUUUAUCAUUUCUUUGGUUUAAGAGAACCUAGUAUUGGGUUUUGUUGUUCAAUCUACAUAUGGUUGUUAGAUUCUAAUACAUUUUCAAAGACUAGAUAUCAUUAAAAUAGAUCUACAAAACAGCUACCAACAUUCCCACUACAAAUAAUAUAAAUUAAAAAUAAUGCUCUAAGCCAUAGUAAAUGGGAAUAGUAUUCUUAAACUUUUCAAGCUCUCCAUCACUAACAUUAUGGAAUAACAUAAAUAUAAUUUGAAACGAACAAUCUUUAUUUACUUUAUAAUAUUUAUUCAGAAAAAUCCCAGUGACCAUAUCUAUCAAAAUUCACAGAAAUGUCAAGUACUACUUGUAUAUGAAUAAUACAUAUAUAUAUCAUCAUCUACCCCUAACACCACACUAAAACACAUACAAACAACACCCUUGUAAAUAUAUACUACCAAAAAUAAAAAAGCUGAAACACUUACAUACAACAAUAAUUGAAUUUGCCCACCUUUUUUUAUUUCUCUAUUUCUUUUUAUUGUUUCUUUGGUUGGAUAAGAAUCAUCACCAAGCACCAUUUUUGUUUUUCUGCAACAUUAUGCAAAGAACCAACAAAAGCCCAAGAACAGAGCAAGGGUGAGGGACCCAGAUGAGGAAGCUGAAGAAGCAGGCAUAGACCCAGAUGGAGGAAACGCCAUUCCAGGUCCAGGAGCAACGACAUCGUCUGGAUUUGGGGGGCUCGGACUAGAGGGAAUGGUUGGGAGUGAGGAUUCUUCAGGAGAAAGAUUCUGUUUCCCGGGAGUGGGAAACAGAGGAGUUAUGUCCGGAGAAAGUGAUGGGGGUAAUGGAGCUGUUACAGGACCAGGACCACCUGGUAGAAUUGCUGGAGCUGCUGAAAUGGUGGAGAAUUGAAUAUCUGAAGAAGAAGAAGAAGAAGCCAAGGCUACUGGGAAUGAAAAGGAAUGAGAAUAAUAAGCAAUGAAAAGAAUCAACAUUGUUGAGAGUAAUGACCAAAAGGAAGCCAUAAUAAUCAAAAUAAAUGAUUAUGAUGAUUAAAUUGAUUGCCCCUUAUGAGUAGAGUAAAGCUUUAAUAAAUGUGUCUUUGUGAUAUGAAAAAGGAAAGACAGAAAUAAAAAGGUUGGAGAAAAAGAGAGUAUGAGAGGUUUUUAUGAUUAAAGCUUUAAAACUU